AUGUCCAACCCCGGCUCGUCCCCGCCUCCGCCCACCACGACCACGAGCACACCCUGCUCCUGCUCCUGCGGGGCGCCCACCACGGCGUCGACCCCGGCCCUGGUCCCCGCCAAGCGGAUUGCCUCACCGGACGACAUCGCCCGCUUCCACGCCUCAGUCCACGGCCGCCACUUCCUCGGGUUCGUCGCCGCGCUGUCCGCUUCCGUCCACGGCCGCAAGCUCUCGGAUCCUCUACCGUCCCCGCCAUCCCCCGCCGUCGCUGCGCUCCUCGACCUCAUCUCGGCUCUCGCCGGGCUCGUCGCAUCCACCCCUCCGCUUCCGCACAGCUUCCGGUACGGCAACCCUGCUUUCCGCCUCUGGCACGAGAAGCUCACCGACUCUGCCAGCGAGCUGAUCUCGCGGAUCGCGGCCACCGCGUCCUCCCCUGCGGACCUCGCGGGCGCCGAGGUCGAGCUCGCACCGUACCUCCUCGACUCCUUCGGCAACGCCACCCGCAUCGACUACGGGACGGGGCACGAGACCAACUUCGCUGCCUUCCUCUACUGCCUCGCGAGGCUAGGCGUCAUCACCGAGACCGACUACCCGGCCGUCGUUCUGCGCGUCUUUGCAGCCUACCUCGAUCUCAUGCGCACGCUGCAGGACACGUACCAGCUGGAGCCUGCGGGCUCCCAUGGCGUUUGGGGGCUCGACGAUUACCAUUUCCUGCCCUUCAUAUUUGGGUCUGCGCAGCUGAUUGAUCACAAGUACAUGAAGCCCAAGUCGAUUCAUUAA